AUGCAUAUCCUGUUCUCGUGUGUUGACAUGAUUUUUUGGGAGAAAAUAGGUCGCAGGCCAACGUUAGAAAAUAAUUUAUCGAAAAUGAAAGCAGCAUUAAUAGAAGCAAUUGGCUAUGUUAAAUUAUUUCGUAUUUUUACAGCCAAUAUUUAUGAAUUAUUUGAACACAUCCGAGCUUUGAAACCUAUGAAUAAAACAGCAAUAAAUUGUACACACGAUGGUUGUGAAGAACAAACAGCACAAAUGGAAAAUUUUUUAGAAGAAACAUUUGGAAUGAAAAAUACUCAACAUUCUAAUGAAGAAUUAAAAUAUUUUAUUCAAGAUAUUCAAGCAUUUGAAUUGGAUAAACCAAUAAAACAUUUGGAUAAAAAACAGAUUGUAGAAUUUCCAUCAAAAGCAAAUCCAUUCUAUCAGAUGACUGUUGAAGAAAUUCAGCAAUGGCAAAAGACGUUUCAUGUUUAUGCAGCCGAUGAUGUAUUUUUGGAAAAACAUAAUGGAAAAGAUCAUUUGAAAAAGGCAUUAACAAAAGGAACACAUAAGGGUGAUGAAGCAUUUAAUAUGAAAUUUGUCUGUCGUAUUUCAAAAAAUCCUAUAUUUAUGGAAUACGAUGGUAAAGUGAUCAUUCGUAAUACUCAUGAUUUAUGGCCACAUUAUAUUUCUUUGGUGACGGCAACGGCUAUUAAUUUAGCUGGCAGAGAUCACGAUUCAGACGAUAUUCAAAAAUACAUCUCAAAUUGGAAAUAUGCGUUCGAUUUAGAUAAGCAUGGACAAUUAAAAACGUAUUCUUACUCAUACAUUGACCGGGAUCAACCCUGGAGAGGUUUUACACAAAUUGUUGAUCGACAUGGUCGCGAUUUUCGAUGGAAUCAAACAAAAUGUGAUUUAGAACAGGAUAAACUCUAUGAAGAUUUAGUGAAAAUGGUUCGUUUAAGACUGCGCACAUGCGAUCUAGAGUGUAUUCAAAUUGUGAUUGAAACAGGAUUAGGCACCGGAAUAUUUAGUGGAGAUGGUAUUGGAAUCGGAAACGAAGUAAGAACAUUGUCAGCUAAAGCGAUCAAACAGCAAGAAGGUCAGCAAUUUCAAAAUAUCGAAGCCGUGAUAUUUGCAUUACCUAUCAUGCCAAAAACAAUUGGUGCUAAUGAUUCAAUAUCAAUUAAGCAUCAUCAACCAUCAGCUAAUACACUUGAUAUAUUUAUUCAAGAAUUUAAUGGGUAUACGGGAAUAAAACCGGUGCUACUCAUUGAUCAAGAUAUGCAUAAAAUAGCUAUUUGUUGUGCAAAAUUAAAUUUUCAAGUUAGCGAAUUGAAUUCAACUGACUCACACGGAAUAUUUGGUGGCUAUUGGCAAAAUCGUGGACCCGGUACACAAGAAAAACUCGUCUUCUCGACUGCCGGUCUGCUAACGCAACAUCAUAUUGUCAAUCAUCAUGUACAUGACACAAAGAAUUAUCAUUUAAUCUCUGUUAACGCAGCAGUAUAUCAGUAUUCGCCAAAAAAUAAAUGUCCAGUACUCUUUGAUCACCAUGAGAAUAGUGGAUCAAGUAAAAACCAUAUCUAUAAUAAGUCUCAUAUGCAUUCAAAUGACAUUACACCACCAGCAGCUGUCAUUCCGAUGGUACCUCC